GUUGUGGUAGCUGGGCCGGACGCCAGGAUACGUGCGUUAACGUCACUAGAUGAAGGAGUCCUCGUAUAUCUAAUUGCGUGGACGACAAAAUCAGCAUCUCGCCAACUUCAGAGGAAUCAACUUCUUCCUUAUUCCUGUCUUAUUCCUGAGUACGUAAUUAAAUGUAAAUUUAAUUAAAUACAAUUAUCAGUAAAAUGUCUUACGCAAUUAAAUAAUGCUGCUCGCCGAUCAAUCGGAGGCAAUGGCCUUCCUCUUCUACGCCUUCGCCGCCCUCGCCUUCCUCCUCGCCGCCCUCGUCCACGCUGCCUUUGCCCGCCGACGCCAUGGUGGUCCUCCUCUGCCUCCCGGCCCACGCGGCCUCCCACUCCUUGGCAGCCUCCCCUUCCUCCAGUCAGACCUCCACGCGCACUUCGGCCGUCUCGCCCUCACCCACGGCCCCAUCUUCAGCCUCCGCCUCGGCGCCAAGCUCGGCGUCGUAAUCUCCUCGCCCGCCCUCGCCCGCGAAAUCCUCCGCGACCACGACGCCGCCUUCGCCAACCGCGACGUCCCCGCCUCCUCCCGCGUCGCCUACGGCGGCGACGCCAACAUCGUGUGGAACCCCAACGGCCCCAAGUGGCGGAUGCUGCGCCGCGUGACCGUCCGCGAGAUGCUCUGCCCCGCGGGGCUCGACGCCGUCUACGCGCUGCGGCGCCGGGAGAUGCGCGCGGCGGCGGCAAACAUCAGGGCGCAGGCGGGGACCCCGGUGGACGUCGGCGCGGAGAUGUUCCUGGCGACGUGGAACACGGUGACGGGAACGCUGUGGGGCGCCACGCUGGAGGGUGCCGACGUGAAGAGGAGGAGCGCGGCGGGGAAGGAGUUCCGGGAAGUGGUGGCGGAGAUCACCGAGCUACUCGGGCGGCCCGACGUGUCGGACUUCUUCCCGGCGGUGGCGUGGAUGGAUCUGCAGGGGAUCCAGCGCCGCAUGGGCGUGUUCCUGCGCCGAUUCGAUCGCAUCUUCGAAGAUAUCAUCGAGAUGAGGAGAAAGAAGGAAGGCGGCGGCGUAGGCGAAGGAAAAGACUUCUUGGAGUUCAUGCUGAGGCUGGAGAAGGAAGGCGGCGACGGGAAAACGCCCUUCACCAUGACUAACGUCAAAGCUCUGCUCUUGGACAUGGUGGUAGGCGGAACAGAGACCACAUCCAACACGGUAGAAUGGGCAAUGGCCGAGAUGCUACAUAAGCCCGAGAUCCUCCGGCGAGCCCAAGCGGAGGUGGACAUGGUGGUGGGUCCCGACGCAGUCGUCGAAGAGUCCCACAUCGGUCGUCUCCCCUACCUCGCCGCCGUCAUCAAAGAGACGCUCCGCCUGCACCCGGCCCUGCCUCUGAUGGUCCCCCACUGCCCGAGCGCCACUUGCGUCGUCGGCGGCUACUCAGUUCCCGCCGGCGCGAGAGUGUUCGUCAACGUGUGGGCCAUCCACCGGGACCCGGAGGUAUGGGAGGACCCGCUGGAGUUCCGGCCGGAGAGGUUCGCAGACGGCGGCGAGGCUGGGAAGCGGGGCUGGGAUUUCAGCGGCAACGACUUCAGGUACCUCCCGUUCGGGUCGGGGCGGAGGAUAUGCGCGGGGGUGGCGAUGGCGGAGCUUAUGGUGUCGUACAUGGUGGCGACGCUGGUGCACUCGUUCGAGUGGCGGGCGCCGGAGGGAAUAGGAAAGGAGGCGGCGGACAUGGAGGAGAAGUUUGGGAUCGUGAUGAAGAAGGCGCGGCCGCUGGUGCUGGUACCGACGCCCAGGCUUGCAAGAGAUAAUCUAUACUUGUAAAGCAUUGUAGUAAU